ACCGGCGACGAGCAAGUGAUUUCACAGCGUUUUCCAUCCGUUUUCCAUCCGUUUUCCAUCAUGUCCGGCUACACAGAGGAAUAUCUUCGCCAGAAGCUGACCGAGCGGCUAGAGGCAACGCAUGUGGAGGUGAUCGACGAAUCGGACGGUUGCGGUGGCAAGUUUCGCGCGAUCGUCGUUUCCACACAGUUUCAGGGCAAACCGCUUCUCCAACGUCACCGCCUCGUGAAUGCUGCCCUCGCCGAGGAGCUGAAGACAAUCCACGCGUUUUCGCAGAAAACGUACACCCCGGAGCAGUGGGCCAACGAAAGUAAAGACUAACGCCUGCGUGCCUGUG